CUCUGCCCUGUUCGGAAGGACAGCACAUUUAAAGGUUCCUUCUAUGUAAAGGCCAGGAUGAUGCAACUAAAAAUGCGUCCGAGUGGCAUUUGGAACCUGAUGGCUCUCGAUUUUUAUUUUGCUAAAAAUAUCCAAACCUGAGACCCAAAUAAGUUUUAGCAUUCAGGACUCAGUGAGAUUGAGGACCCAACCCUUGACCCGCCCCGGCUGGCUGGGAGCUCAGGUUUCCGCCGCUUUGGUAGCAGAAGCCGGUUGCCCUCAACAAAUAUGGUCGCUGCGGUGCCGCCUGGGACUCAAGCUCAAGCUCACCGGGCCGGAACCACGUAAUGCCGGAGGCGGGACUCGGCAGGCGGAAUGCCUCUCAGCAGAACAAGGUGAGGACUGACUGGUGAGCUGUCCCUGCAUACUGCCUCUGUGCUCCCUCGCCAUGUGCGCGUGGGGUCUGGCGCUGCUGGACGUGCUGUGGAUCCCAUAGUUUAAAGAAGCGAAGGCCUUAACAAGUGUCAGAAUCCAGCACACUUCAGGAACAGCUCAAACGUACAGCUGAAGCCCCGGAAUAAUGCUGUCAGCAUGUCUGCAUACUCCAUGCUCUCUGAAAGAAUUGCCAUGGCCAAAGAACUGAUCAAAAGAGCAGAAUCACUUUCUCGGUCAAGAAAAGGGGGCAUAGAAGGUGGUGCCAAGCUGUGCAGCAAACUGAAGGCAGAACUGAAAUUCUUACAGAAAAUAGAGGCCGGGAAAGUAGCUAUUAAAGAAUCUCAUUUACAGAGCACUAACCUAACACACUUGAAAGCCAUUGUGGAAUCGGCCGAGAACCUGGAAGAAGUUGUUAGUGUCCUUCGAGUCUUCGGCUACACGGAUACCUUGGGAGAAAAGCAGACUCUGGUGGUGGAUGUCGUAGCAAAUGGCGGCCAUACUUGGGUCAAAGCCAUUGGUCGAAAGGCUGAAGCACUGCAUAACAUCUGGCUGGGCAGGGGCCAGUACGGCGACAAAAGCAUCAUUGAGCAGGCCGAAGACUUCCUCCAGGCCAGUCGACAGCAGCCCGUGCAGUACAGCAACCCUCACAUUGUCUUUGCAUUUUACAACAGUGUCUCCAGCCCCAUGGCAGACAAGCUGAAAGAUAUGGGCAUCUCUGUGAGAGGAGAUAUUGUAGCCGUCAACUCUCUGUCAAAUCACCCUGAAGAGUGCCAGCUGAGCGAGAGUGAGUCAGAUGACGACGGCCAAGAACUUCUGCGGGUGACUAGAGUAGACCGAGACAAUGUACUGGCACGUGUUGCCUUUCCGACAGAGAUCAAGGUUGAUGUGUGCAAAAAAGUAAAUCUGGACAUUACUACUUUAAUCACAUACGUAUCUGCCAUGAGUUAUGGAGGCUGCCAUUUCGUCUUCAAAGAAAAAGUACUCACAGAGCAAGCCGAGCAAGAGAGGAAAGAGCGGGUUCUACCUCAGCUGGAAGCAUUUAUGAAGGACAAGGAGUUGUUUGCCUGUGAAUCUGCCGUCAAGGAUUUUCAGUCUAUUCUAGAUACCUUAGGGGGACCGGGAGAGAGAGAGAGGGCCGCUGUGCUAAUUAAACGAAUCAGUGUGGUGCCAGACCAGCCUUCCGAGCGUGCCUUGAGACUAGUGGCAAGUUCAAAAAUUAAUAGCCGUUCCUUAACAAUUUUUGGGACAGGAGAUACCCUGAAAGCCAUCACAAUGACUGCUAAUAGUGGUUUUGUCAGAGCUGCCAACAAUCAGGGUGUUAAAUUCAGUGUGUUCAUUCAUCAGCCUAGAGCACUUACUGAGAGUAAAGAGGCCUUAGCCAUGCCCUUACCAAAACAUCGCACCAGUGAUAGUGCACACUAAUGCUGUCCUUUAAGUGUUGUCAUGGAAAUACAUUAUUUAUACUAAAGGCUGGCCUUCCCACCUAUAUUGGGAGAAAAGAGUUUAUAGUAAAGAUAAUAUUUAGAACUGUUUAAGUAGAAAUUUUUUGUGUUUCAUCUAAGGUCUAUAAAUUAGAAAAAACCCGAGACAGUCUUAUUUAUCCCUGUGUUACGUCACAGACUAUGUUGUAGCAGGUAAGAACAGAAAUACAUUUGCAUAAGGCUUUUAACUAUCUUGUGAUGCAUUUGCCUCAGUAGGGCUGCAGCCCCCACCACUGGUAAUCACAUUUCAUUGAAUAUGGCUACAUGAUUCUUGAAUUCAUUAAAUACCUGGAGAAAACUCU